CUUGAACACAACUUUUGUUGACCUUUGGUCCACUAUUCAAAGGGGCGUGGCCUCUUUGCAACACACUUGAGGAGAAGCAAGACGAGUUAGUGUAGCUGCACAAGAAUGACGCCGUUUGCUGCAGGGGACACACACAGGGAAUAACAGGGAAAAGGAGAAGAAGGUGGAGAUGGAGGACUUCUGGGUUGUGGUGAUUUGGGCUGUGAGGAUAUGGCUGUGUCUCAUUGUCAGCCUCAUCGUGAUCCCUGCUAUGUUUGGCUUCUCACUUGGCAUCUCUGAGACCUACAUGAACCUUCUGGUGAAAACUUUGGAGUGGGCUACACUAAAGUUACAGAAGGCAAGCACCGAUGAACAUACACUUAAAGCCCCUGCAUCUAGUGGUCUCAUUCAGAGGGAAGAUGGAUCUAUGGAGAAAGAGCUAGAGGAACUAAGACGGAGUCGACCCAAACCAACAGUAGGCGGCGAUUUUACACUUAGCGAUUGUUUCUUUUUCACCCGAAGAGGAAUUGAGAGCAUUGUAGAGGAUGAGGUGACGCAGCGCUUCUCUUCAGAGGAACUGGUGUCAUGGAACCUACUGACCCGUACUAACAAUGAUUUCCAAUACAUCAGUCUGAGACUGACUCUGGUCUAUGGCCUUGGCAUCUUUGUCAGAUACUGUAUCCUGGCACCACUCAGAAUAACUCUGGCCUGCAUCGGCCUCACCUGGCUGGUCAUUGGAACAUCUGCAGUGGGACUGCUUCCCAACUGGAGGAUGAAGUUCUGGCUCAGCGAGUGGGUGCAUGUCAUGUGCUACAGGAUCUGUGCUCGAGGGCUGUCUGCCGCCAUCCGCUAUCACAACAGGGAAAACAAACCCCAAAAAGGAGGAAUCUGUGUUGCCAAUCACACCACCCCUAUUGAUAUUGUGAUACUCUGCAAUGAUGGCUGCUAUGCGAUGGUGGGUCAGGUUCAUGGAGGAUUGAUGGGGGUCGUCCAGCGUGCAAUGGUUCGAUCCUGUCCCCAUGUUUGGUUUGAGCGCGCUGAGAUGAAAGAUCGCCAUCUAGUGACUAAAAGGUUGAAAGAUCACGUCAAUGACAAAGAAAAACUCCCAAUAUUGAUAUUUCCAGAGGGAACCUGCGUCAAUAACACAUCUGUCAUGAUGUUUAAAAAGGGGAGUUUUGAAAUAGGAGCUACAAUUUAUCCUGUGGCCAUAAAGUACGAUCCCAAGUUUGGUGAUGCCUUCUGGAACAGUUCCAAGUACAGCAUGGUGAACUACCUGCUGAGAAUGAUGACAAGCUGGGCCCUCGUCUGCAAUGUCUGGUAUCUACCGGCCAUGCAUCAACAGGAUGGGGAAGAUGCUGUCCAGUUUGCCAACAGAGUAAAGUCUGCCAUCGCUCACCAGGGAGGACUGGUGGAUCUACAAUGGGAUGGCGGCCUGAAGCGAGCCAAAGUGAAGGAGUCGUUCAAAGAGCAGCAACAGAAGCAGUACAGCAACAUGGUGGUGGGAGACGACAGCAGCAGUAACAGCGACUGAGAUUUCCACACAAGCUCUUCACUUGAAAGUGUCAUAUCCUCGUGAGCUGGACUUUUCAAACCGUGAAAGGCGAAAUGGCUCCGAUCCACAAGUGCAAUAGUGAACUUUAAUAAGGGUACUGCUGCUAUUUUCUGUUGUGAUUGACAUCUCUGACGAAACGUUGACUUUCAUGUAUAGUGAUGACCGAAGAACUAUUGGAUACAAACACUGGAUGCGUGAAUAGCUCUAUUGACUGUUUAUGUGCUGCUCAUUGUUUUGUUUUUUAAAUAAAGUUUACAUGAAUUGUAUCUGGCAAAAGAGCCGAAACAAACAAACUUAAUAGAAAUACAUGAAGAAUAUUCCGAUAAGGGAAUAAAUGACAAUUUGGAACAUUCUCCAUUACAUAUUAUGUCGUACCAAAGUAUUUGGCACUGAAAUAACACACAGUCUUAACCGCUUGAAUGCUCUAAAGGAGAACGCACAAAUGUGACUUUUUGGUGGACUCUCGAAGAGAUGGUUUGUCCUCACUGGCUCCCAUUUUGUGCUGUUUGUCGCCGUCAUCACCUUAAAACAGUGAGGAUUAUUAUCACUAGUAGAUUAAUUCCAACACAGAUGCUAAUUCGACUUACUAGGGCGAUCCGUGCUGUCGUCGGUGUCCUGUACAAAACAAAUGUAUUUAAAAAAAUAUAUACAUAUAUGGACAAGUUUACGUGAUUGACAUCUCUUACCUCUGUUACGUUACUUUUGUUUUUCUUCCUCUGCUCCAAAUACCUGCAAAUAUGAUGAACAGUGACAAUGAGUCAUUCAUGCUGCGUUCAAAAAGGUGAUAAAAGGUA